AUGAAAUCUGUGAAUGAAAUUGUGUGAAACCUAUCAUAUGAAUUACAUUUUUAUUUCUUGUCUAUUAUUUUGAAAUUCAAUUAAAAAAUGCCAUCAACUGGUGAUCAAAACAUCGAUGAUGCAGCGGACGUGCGCAAUUAUUUUCUUAAACUGCUGGAGCAGGAUAGAGAUCUUUCCUCCGGAAUAGCCGCAAUCAAAACUCUGCUAAUGAUUCUUGAGAAAAAACAAUUUGAUACCAUACACAUUUUACACACCACAAUGCGUGAUGCGGUGGCAGCAAUGCGCAACACAGAUUUAUCCAUAGCAGCUGUAGUGUCUGGUGGUGAGCUAUUUUGUCGUUUCAUUACGCUCAGUUUGGAUGAUAAGCAUAUGGAAGAAUGUCGACAAAUUAUGUUGCACCGUGGCAAAAUCUUUCUAACAAAGCUUUUAAACUCGCGUAAUGUUAUCGCCCAACAGGCUAAGAAAUUUGUCAACGAUGGCUGCCGUGUGUUGACCCAUUCGCGUUCGCGUGUUGUGUUAAAGGCGCUCAUUAGUGCAGCAAAAAAUAAAGAAUUUCAUGUUUAUGUAACACAAGGUGGUCCAGAUAAUUCAGGUGCUCAAAUGGUGUCCGAUCUUGAAAAAGCUGGAAUAAGUAGCACGUUAAUUUUGGAUUCGGCUACAGGAUAUGUUAUGGAAUCGGUGGAUUUUGUUAUGGUCGGAGCCGAAGCUGUAGUUGAAAGUGGUGGCAUAGUAAAUCGAAUCGGUACUUUUACCAUGGGCUUGUGCGCGCGUGAGAUGAAGAAGCCUUUCUAUGUUUUGGCGGAAAGCUUCAAGUUCACACGACUCUAUCCUCUAAACCAGCGCGAUUUACCCGAUGAAUAUAAAUAUUCCCGUAAGCAUUUGGUGGAUGUAUCUAAAGUGCAUCCUCAAGUGGAUUAUACACCACCAGCUUAUAUAACAUUGUUGUUUACUGAUUUGGGUAUUCUUACUCCAUCGGCUGUUAGUGACGAAUUAAUUAAGCUUUACAUGUAAUUAUAGCAAUUUUUAUUAAAGAAAUAUAAAGAGUAAAAUAAUAA